UCAAGCAACAUGAAAUUCUUAAUCGUCUUAUUCGCAGUAAUCGCCGCAGCAUUUGCCUUUCCACAAUUCGGAGGCGGCUUUGGAGCACCUGGAUACGGACAUGGAGGCUAUGUUCGUCCUGGAUUUGGCGGCGGAAGCUUUGGAGGAUCAGCUUCGCAAGCCAGUGCUGCAAGUCAAAGCUUUAAUGCUGGCGGUGGUUUUCCAGGAGGAUUUGGCGGCGGUUUCAGCGGAAGUGCAGCUAAUGCCCAAGCUGGCUCCCAAUCAUUCGGAGCAUUCGGUCGUUAAUUAAUCCUUUAAUGUAACGAACUUCCAUGGAAACUUUCUGUAUUAAAACAAAAAAUA